AAUAACUGGAGAUGCUGAGAGAAUAUUUUUGGUGGAGCGCUGCGUCUCACGACGCUGGGCCUGACAGUCGACAAAGUCGCCUUCAGGUUGCUCGCUGGCGUUGAAACCCCGAGUUGAGUGAGAUGCUGAGAGAACUUACCCAGCGAAGAGAGUAACUUUUGGCUAACAUGUUCAGCUGUGUUCGAUGACCACGUGUAUACCAAGCAUACCCUCAUAUGUAACUGCAUUGACCCUGGGCGGACGACUAUCCGUCCCUUUGUUGAGCCUCGUGGCACUCAUCCGAGUCGUCUCAGUGUUACUCCACCCAUCUCAGGGCACCCUCAGGCCAUUUCCUAUAGCAUUAACACGCCCGUAUUUAGUCUGCAACCUCCCGCUCCUCCGAGUCUGCGGUGGCUCCGGGAUGCUUACCAGCAGUGACUGGACAUCUCCGAGACGGAGGGCCUCUGGGCCAUAGGUAC